AUGAAGUACUUCGUGUGCAUCUUGGCUGUGGUGGCUGUGGCCCAGGCGGGUCUGCUGCCCCACGUGGAUAGCCACCAUGGCUACCACCACGAGGAGCUGCCCCAUCUGCUGGACGCUGAGAUCCACCAUUCGGAUGGCAUCCAUCUGGGACACAGCGCCGCUUUGGUGCACGACGAUCACCACUUGAACCACCAUCUGGAUCAUCAUUUGGAUCACCACCUGGUGGAGUCGCUGCCCACCACCGUGUACCACCAUGAGCCGCUGCACUACCACUACGCUCGUCUGCAGUCCGCUCCGGUGGUGCACCACCAUCACCACGACACCCACGCCGCCGUGGUGCAUCACAGUAUCCCAGCCCACUUCGAUGUCCACAGCCACGCGAACCUGCUGUCCUUCGCCAAGCACUCGUUGCACGGAAAGUACGGAAAGGUCCGGAUCACCGAGACCCAUUAUUGA